AUGAACAAACGCAUGGUGAAGCGAGGCAUCGAUGCGGAUGGCAACUACAACAUCUCCUUCUUCCACAUCAACGACGUGCAUGCUCAUCUUGACGAGUUCAGCUCUUCAGGAACCGAUUGCACACGACCAGAGCGAGGUUGCUAUGGUGGUUAUGCGCGCGUCAAGACAGUCAUCGAAGAGCAACGCCCCAACUACGAGGACAGUCUUUGGCUGAAUGCUGGUGAUGAGUUCCAAGGCACAUUGUUCUACAGCUUCUACGGCGGCGAGAAGAUUGCCGAGACAUUGAACCAGCUCGAAUUCGAUGCCAUGACCCUGGGUAACCACGAAUUCGAUGGCGGCGAUGCCCAGCUAGGAGAAUUCUUGGUCAAUCUCACGUUUCCCAUCAUCAGUGCGAACGUGCAUUCGCAGGAUGAGAAUGUGAACAAGACUGUCAAGCCUUACACUAUCUUUGAAGAGCACGGCUUGGCGCUCAUUGGUGUCACCGCUGAAGAAACUGGUAGUCUGAGUAACGCUGAUGUUACUACGGUUUUCUCCAACACCGUUGAGGCCGUUCAGGGCGCGAUUGAUGAGAUCAAGGCUACCACCAACAUUACCAGGAUUGCUGCUCUUACUCAUAUUGGUUACGACAAAGACCAGGAACUUGCCAAAGCUACCACUGGUCUUCAACUCAUCAUUGGUGGCCACAGCCACACACUUCUUGGCGACAUGGAAGACGCUGAGGGCAAGUACCCGACUAUCGUUGAGAACCAGGACGGCGACGAAGUCUUCAUCGUUACUGCCUACCGUUGGGGUGAAUACGUCGGCUACAUUGAUGUUACAUACGACCCUCAGGGCAAGAUCCUCGCUUACAACGGCGCCCCAAUUCAUCUUACCAACGCUACCGAACAGGACGAGGACCUUCAAGAGCAGGUCGAGGAGUGGCGCAUUCCUUUUGAGGAGUUCGCUGCUGAAGUUCUCGGUACCAGUGAGGUUGAGCUUGACCAGACAACCUGCCAAGAGCAAGAGUGCUUGCUCGGUGACUUCAUGGCCGAUGCUAUGCUCGCCUACCGCAAGAACAACACCGACGACGUUGACUUUGCUCUGAUCAACGCUGGUGGCAUUCGCGCUACUAUCGAUCAGGGUGACAUUACCCGCGGCGAAGUCUUGACUUCUUUCCCCUUCGGUAACGCCAUCGUUCAGGUUGCUAUCGAUGGAAAGACUCUUUGGGAGUCUCUCGAGGGUAUUGUAACUGGUGUCAAUGUAGGCAAUGGAAGGGAAGUCACUUCGUUCUUCCAGAUUAGCACUGGCAUCAAGGUGGAAUACAACCCUGAGAACGACAACAACACCAAGCUCAUUUCCGUCACCAUCGGCGACGAGCCUCUGAACAACGACACCACCUACCAAAUGGUCACUCUCGAUUUUAUCGCUGGUGGAGGUGACAACUUUUUCGAGCCAUCGACCGAUUUCAUCACCUUGGACACUCAAGAUGAAGUUCUUACUUCGUACAUCUUGAGCCAGACCCCGGUUAACAUUGAGCUCGACGGACGUAUUGAGGAGGUCGACGGCCAGAGGGAAGACACCCCUGGUGCUGGCAACGGCACUAGCAACGGUACCUCACCCACAACUGGUGCGCCGCCUCAACAGACCACCAACGCAGCUGCCCGUCUCGGCCAAGGCGCCGUUGGCGCCAGCAUCUUCGGUGUUCUCGCCAGUCUAUUCAUGCUCUAA